AUGUCACAAAGAUUUCUAUUAAUAAUUCUUAAUAAUGGAAUCAAAGGAUUAUCUUAUGGAGAAUUAGAUUCUUAUGAAUAUGAAGAACCACAAGAUUCACGAGCAAUUAAACCUGAUACUAGUAAUAGUGAAUCUAAUGAAGAAAAAGAAGAACAGCACCGAUCGAUACUUAGAAAUUCAUCACAAAAUCGUCAACAAUUAAUUGAUUUACUUCGAAAUGCUUAUAAUCAAGGUUGGAAACCAAAUUUAAAACAUUAUAUUCCUGCAACAAGAUUUGGUCGACAUCUUUAA